CAAGAAAAGGAUACACGUAAAAGAGAAAAAUAUAGAAAGAACCCUAAGCCCGGGAAAGAAAUCAUUUGUUAUAGGUGUGGCGAAAAAGGACACAUAGCUCGCUUUUGUAUAUCGGAAAAGAGAUCUAAGGAACAUAGUGAAAAAGCAACAGUACAACCAGACAUCCCCGAAAAAAGACCUAAAGUACAACCAGAAUUGAAGUGGAAUAAUAGACUUCGGCCCAGGGCAGAAAACGAACUGCUUUUAGUAGACGUUGGAGAUCUAUUACAGCCUAUGGAGUUAGAAGAAGCACGAAUGGUCAAGAAAAUAAGACGAAAACGGGAGCCUUCA